GGUCCGGCUCUGUCGGGUAACUUGACACUGCUUCCUGCAGUCUCUCCGUUUAACCAGCAGAAGGAAGUGUGUGUGAAUGCGUGUGUGUUUGUGUGUGUGAAGUGUGAGAAACCAGCCUUCCUUGCAACACCUCUGACCUACCUCAGAACUGUCUCCCCCAUAUCGCAGUAGGGGGUCCGCCUAACCAAGCACCAACCUGUCUGGUGUUCAAGUUUGUACUCUGUUGCCCGGCAACCAGCCCCAGCAGCCCAGCCUUGGCCAUUGCUCCUAGGAACCAGCCCAUCUCCUGGUGAUCCCCCAGCCCAGCUGCCAUGUCGACUCCCGAUCCAGUCCAUCCCACUUCGGUCCGCCUCCGGGUCUUCUCCCUCAACUGCUGGGGGAUUCGCUACCUGAGCAAACACUGUGCUCAGCGCUACACCAUGAUCGGAGACCUGCUGGCCAAGGAGCAGUAUGACGUGGUGCUACUCCAGGAGGUUUGGAGUGAGAAAGACUUUGAUGCUUUGAGAAAGAAGCUGGCCAGCAGCCUACCGUACGGCCAUUACUUCAAAAGCGGAGUCAUCGGGAGCGGGCUGGCCAUCUUCUCCAAGCACCGGAUCCAGGACACCUUCCGAUACCGCUACUCUCUGAACGGAUACCCCUACAUGCUCAACCACGGGGACUGGUUCGGGGGCAAGGCGGUGGGCAUGGCCGUGCUGAACAUCGGCAACACCACGGCGCACUUCUACGUCACGCACCUGCAUGCAGAGUACAGCCGGGAGAAGGACUCCUACCUGCCCCACCGUGUGGUUCAGGCCUGGGAGCUGCAGCACUUCAUCCGCUACACCUCGGCCGAGGCAGACCUGGUGGUCCUGGCGGGGGACUUCAACAUGCACCCCAUGGACCUGGGGAACCGGCUGCUGAGGACCUACGCAGACCUGAGGGACGCCUACGUGGAGACCCCCAAGUUUGACGGAUGUGAAGACGGGGGCACGAUGAUCGCAGAGAACCCCAACAACGACAUGGUCCCCCCGGAGAAGGGCAUCAGGAUAGACUACAUCCUGUUCAAGGGUUCCUCCCGGCUGGAGCUCCACUGUGAGUCCAUGUCCACCACCAAGGGCAGCGUCCCGGACCACGCCUUCCCCUACUCGGACCACGAGGCCCUGACCGCUGAGCUGAGGCUGGACCGGGUCGCCCAGGACGGGGUCUCCCAGGACGGGUCCAAGGGAAUGGGCCCACUGUCCAGGGGGUCAGACCCCACCGCAGGCAAGCUGGCGGAGCUGGUGGACAUCGUGACGGAGGCGCGCACGGAAGUGAAGGUGGGGCUGCACUGCGCGCAGGGCAUGUGCUACACGGCCGCCCGCACCGGGGUCAUGGGGCUGGUGCUGCUGCUGCUGGAGCUAGCCAUCGCCGCCGUGCCCUGGCUGGCCCUAGGGGCCCCGGGGCCCUUCCCCAGCGUCUCCUUCUACCUGCUGGGGGCGCUGUGCUUCCUCAUCCUGCUCACCACCGCCCUGCUGUACCUCUUCUACACCAUGGAGAUCAAGAGCCUGCAGGAAGCCGAGGACCAGAUGAGGCAGGCCGUGGGCUGCCUGCAGGAGAGGCUCCGGGGCUUCCCCCUAGCCUCGCCGGGGCCCCCGAGGCCGGGGCCCCCGGGGAAGGAGAGGAGGCCGGGCGGUGUGGGGCCGGAGGAGUGAGGGGGGGGAUGCGGA